GACAAAAGUUAUGGACCUAGCCAGUUCUCUUCUCAUCUGCAACUCUAGGUGUGUAAACUUUAUAGGGUUUUAAAACAGAAAGAACGUAUGUGACAAGGGAGAAAUAAUUGUGUCACAUAUUCCUUGAUUGUCCAAUACUGAAAGGGGACCAUUUUGACCCAAAAAUAUAGACCAUUCUAAUGGUGACUCAUUUCUAAACUUAUGGCUCCCUUGACUCCAAAACUACUAGUGUCCGUGGACUUAAAGAGCAAGCCAUGGCAGCAGAAGCUGCCGCUGCACAACCGUUGGCACCCUCAGAUUCCGGCUGUGGCCGAGGUUAAAACUGGUGAGGUCUUUAGAGUAGAAAUGAUUGAUUGGACAGGUGGUGCUAUUAAAGAUGACCACUCUGCUUUAGAUGUUAAAUUCAUAGACCUCUCAACUGUUCAUUAUCUUAGUGGGCCAAUCAGAAUUGUGGACAAAGAUGGGAUACCGGCCAAGCCAGGGGAUCUUCUGGUGGUUGAAAUAUGCAACUUGGGUCCCCUCCCAGGAGAUGAAUGGGGUUUCACAGCUACAUUUGAUAGAGAAAACGGAGGUGGUUUUCUUACUGAUCAUUUUCCUGCUGCAACCAAAGCUAUUUGGUAUUUUGAAGGAAUAUAUGCUUACUCUCCUCACAUACCAGGAGUAAGAUUUCCGGGUUUGAAUCACCCGGGAAUAGUUGGAACAGCUCCCUCAAUGGAACUUCUUAUUAUUUGGAAUGAAAGGGAAAGACAGCUUGUUGAGAAUGGAGUUGAGUCUUUGAAACUUUGUGAAGUUGUGCAUCAACGGCCAAUGGCUAGCUUACCAACAACAAAGGGUUGUCUCCUCGGAAAGAUCCAAGAGGGUACUCCAGAGUGGGAGAAGAUAGCUAGGGAGGCUGCAAGGACCAUACCAGGAAGAGAAAAUGGUGGGAACUGUGACAUUAAAAACCUAAGUACAGGAUCAAAGAUCUACCUUCCUGUAUUCGUAGAGGGAGCAAAUCUAAGUACUGGUGACAUGCACUUUUCUCAGGGAGAUGGUGAAGUCUCAUUCUGUGGGGCAAUUGAGAUGAGCGGCUUUCUCGAUCUCAAGUGUGAAAUAAUAAGGGGUGGAAUGAAAGAGUAUCUGACACCAAUGGGGCCAACUCCACUUCAUGUAAACCCAAUAUUUGAGAUAGGCCCUGUUGAACCAAGAUUCUCAGAAUGGCUUGUCUUUGAGGGUAUAAGCGUUGAUGAGAGUGGGAGACAGCAUUUUCUUGACGCAACUGUGGCUUACAAGCGUGCAGUACUCAAUGCCAUUGACUACCUCUCCAAAUUCGGAUACACCAAAGAACAGGCCUACCUUCUCUUGUCUUGCUGCCCAUGUGAAGGGAGAAUUUCUGGAAUUGUAGACGCCCCAAAUGCUGUGGCGACCUUGGCAAUUCCAACAGCUAUAUUUGAUCAGGAUAUUCGUCCAAAAGCAAGUAAAGUACCCUUAGGGCCCCGGGUAGUGAGAAAACCAGAUGUCUUGAAAUGUAGUUAUGAUGGAAAUUUACCCACAACAAACAACCCUUCCUCUAGCUCUACCACUUAAAUCUCUACAAGGGUAGGGUGAUGAAUAAAGAAGGAGAGCGGUAAUUGUAACUUAGCUUUCUGUUUAUUGAUGCUAUAAUAUAUAUAUGGUAGAACAUAUUUGCUGUUGAAACCAUCUUUUCUUUGGAGGAGGGUGUAAAUAAUGCAAUGACAGAGUACUUGUGCUAA